AUGGGGCAGGAGGAUCUUAUGAACACCGCCGAAGACGUGGCAGACCAGUUCCUGCGGGUAACCAAACAGUACCUGCCCCACCUGGCUCGUCUGUGUCUCAUCAGCACCUUCCUCGAAGAUGGCAUUCGCAUGUGGUUCCAGUGGAAUGAGCAGCGAGACUACAUUGAGGCUACCUGGAACUGUGGCUACUUUCUUGCUACAUGCUUUGUGCUGCUUAACCUCAUCGGACAGCUGGGUGGUUGUGUCCUCAUCCUCAGUAGAAAUUUUGUACAGUAUGCCUGCUUUGGACUAUUUGGGAUCAUAGCGCUACAGACUGUUGCAUACAGCAUUUUAUGGGACCUUAAAUUUUUGAUGAGAAAUCUGGCCCUUGGAGGUGGGCUGCUGCUGCUGCUGGCUGAGUCUCGUUCGGAAGGAAAGAGCAUGUUUGCUGGAGUACCCUCCAUGGGAGAGAGUUCACCGAAGCAAUACAUGCAGCUGGGCGGCCGAGUACUGUUGGUUCUCAUGUUCAUGACCCUGUUACACUUCGACUCCAGCUUCUUCUCUAUCCUGCAGAACAUGGUGGGGACUGCUCUCAUCAUCCUGGUGGCCAUCGGCUUCAAAACUAAGUUGGCAGCGCUGACCCUCGUAGUGUGGCUUCUGGCUAUCAACUUCUACUUCAAUGCUUUCUGGACCAUCCCUGCCUACAAGCCCAUGCAUGACUUCCUUAAGUACGACUUCUUCCAGACCACAUCAGUCAUCGGAGGCCUGCUGCUGGUGGUGGCACUUGGUCCGGGUGGAGUGUCCAUGGAUGAGAAGAAGAAAGAGUGGUAGGCAUAGGAAGCAGAGCAUCACUAACUUCCCCUGCCAGCUGGGACACAAAGACCCUUCCCCUCCAGUUCACCAGGGUACAUAGUUUGUUUUUUGCUAAAUCCAGAGACACCACCUCAGCCAUCAUUGGACAGUUUAUUUUUAUUUUUUCCACCUGCUGAUUUAGGUUUUUUUAAUAUCUUUUUUUUUUUUUUUUUUAACUUCCUUUUUCAUGACAGCAACAAUAAACGCCCAUAUAGUUCAAAGACAACAGUGAAUAGUAAAUGGAGGAAAAGAUUUAUCUAUUCUGUGCGCAGAAGAAGAAAAGAAUUUAUUUUACAGGUGUUACAUAUUUAGUUAGAACUGGUUAACUGCAACAGUUUUGGGUUCCCCGCGGAUGCUGACCUUUCCUGACCAUUGCAUCAUCACCACUGGGACCUUGGCACUGAUUGAAAACAACUUUGCUCUCCAGGUUUCUUUCCCCAGCUAGCCACCCUUGUCUCUCUCCCAUCUACACACUGUCAGUCUCAAAGGACUGAUAAGUCUUGUUCAUGGGGAGUCAAAUCCGGGUUGGAUGUGCAUAUUGUAUACUAAGUGGUGGAUUGCAGUUGUGCUUGAUUGAAAUUUCAACACAGAUAUUAGCUCCAGGACUUGUUAAUGGGCACUUUGUACUGUAAGUCUUUGGCAAAUGCCUAACUAGUGAACUGUAUACAAUUGGGGAUUAAAGUGGGGGGAGACUCAACGUUUGUGAAACACCGUAUUCUGCAAUCUAGGAAAGCAAAGAGGACUGAGCAGAGUCACUAGCCACCCAGACUUUGUCUUUGCUCAGUGUUUUUUGCCCUGUGUAUGAAAAAAAAAAAAAAAAAAAUUCAGUGUAUUAAUUUUCAGAAGUUUAUAUUGUAUUUUUGAUCGUCAGUUUUUUUUUCCUUUUCUUUUUUGUUUUUGAUUUCGAAACUUCAUGGCGAAGAAAUGAAUAUUAAAAAAUAUUAAGACACUGGCUCAA